UGUUUGUUUUUUUUGUGAUUGCAGUUGGACCCGGCACCAUACCAUCUCCGUGGCCACCAGUGAAUGCCGGUCCUCCUGGUCCCCUGGGAUCGGCAGACACAAAUGGCAGCAUGGUGGACAGUAAAAACUUGGAUGUUGGCGAUAUGAGCGAUGACGAAAAAGAUUUAUCAUCCGCUGAUGCCGAAGGUGUCUGGAGUCCGGACAUUGAGCAAAGCUUUCAAGAGGCACUGUCAAUAUAUCCACCAUGUGGACGCAGAAAGAUUAUAUUAUCCGAUGAGGGUAAAAUGUAUGGUAAGUGAUGCACUUUACGAAAUUUCC